UCGAGGUCGAGCCACGUGUGGCAUCUGCAACAUGUCGCUUGGACCAGCUAGUGGACGUCGAUCUGCGAGGUCUGACCUCCGCCUCAUUUGCCGUCGUGGGUCGUCUUUCCUGUACGCCCCGCCGGCUCAGUCUACACGGCUCCUCGGGCCAACACUUCUGCGACGGGACGCCCUUACUUUCUGCAUUGGUCAUGCGAAGGGUCCGUUCUCUCCGCUUGGUCCGGCUCUGCAUCGCGAACCAAAAAGACCACCAUGUUGACAAUGACCUUUUCUAUGCGCCAAUGCAAUGGCCAGAGGUUAUGGAUCUGCACAUCGAGCAUAGCUAUGUCUCUGUGGCCACGCUUGUCCAUGCUCUCCCAGCUGUCAAAGCGGUACACUUCGAGUAUAGAGCAGACAUAAAGGAUCUGGCGGAAAGAUACCCGGAUCUUUGGUCUACCAUGGAAACCGCGUGCUGGACGUACCUCGACCAAGUUUACGGAACCGAGAUGGAUUUGACGCGUUGGAGGAUAACAUGCCGAGUACGGUGGCUUAUACUGGACUCUGAGUCCGUGCACACCCACAAGUUCGUGCGGCAAACACUGUCGAUCCUACAGCGUACUUGGCCCGUCGCCCUUUCCCUGUACGCAUCCCCUGAUAUAUUGGGUGUAGCGUUUUGGCGGGAGUUUGUUCGUAGCGCGCCCCGCAUCCGCUACCUCGAUCUUACGCUGGCACAUUGCACGGGCAUACAAUUCUCAGCACUGUCCCAACUACCCCUUGUUGCUCUUCGCCUCUCCCUCAUACCCUGGGACGGCGACCGUCACGACAAUUAUGGACCGUAUGACAUGACAGACAAAGGACCCGCCACUGUCCAUUCACGUUGGUCCGAAUAUUGCGGGGAGCAUACCCUCCUUGAAAUCGUCUCUGUCGGCGAGGGGAUGCGAAUGUUCGAUGCCGAUUUGUUACGCUACCAAUUUCGCGGACCCGCACUAUGGUGGCGCGUCAUACCGAAUGAUGAACCGUCCUCGGUAAAUGUGGGCCGCAAAAAAGAAGACGUAGGGAAGAAUGUGUCCUUCGGCAGUUCUAGCAGAGAUAUAAACGACGAAGAAUCCGACCGGCAAGUCGACAUCAACCCCGAGUUGGCGAGGGAUCUCGGCCCAAAUGCGUCUCGCAGAAUGACACCCAUCUCGCAGAACAUGGGGGAACGCAUCCGUGCGUAUAUGGAAUCGAGCAAGUUCACCGCAACGUCGGCCUUCGAUGAUGAGCUGUUUGUACAGCUUGCACGAGCGGUAGACCCGGGCGAGGUGGUGUCUUAGUUGCACGUCCCUUCCUAGUCUGCACGGCGCAAAAUGUGCAUUGAUAUCAUUUCCAAGGACAAAUAUUGUCAAAGAUGGGAGGUUGAGAUUGAUCCGACGCCGACGUUUAUGUGAGAGGUUGUUAUACUAAAACAGUAGAGUG